GGCAUCAGUUACUAUGUUGACUCACUCAGUGUUGGGCUUACUCACUUUCCCUCUACAGGACUCAGCUCUUGAAGGCAAUAGCCUUUAUAGAAAAAACGAAUAGGAAAAGUCGAAGUGCUAUUUUUUUCAAGGCUGCUGAAGUUUACUGACAUCUCACCGUACCUAAGACUGCUGGAGCAAUAAAACUGAGAGAAACUUUUACCAAGAUUUCUUUCCCUGCCUUGAUAUAUACUUUUUCUUCCAAAUGCUUUGGUGGGAAGAAGUUGAAGACUGUUAUGAAAGAGAAGAUGUUCAAAAGAAAACAUUCACAAAAUGGAUAAAUGCACAAUUUUCUAAGUUUGGAAAGCAGCACAUAGACAACCUCUUCAGUGACCUGCAGGAUGGGAAACGCCUCCUAGACCUUCUGGAAGGCCUGACAGGACAAAAACUGCCAAAAGAAAAAGGAUCUACAAGAGUUCAUGCUCUGAACAAUGUCAACAAGGCACUGCAGGUCUUACAGAAAAAUAAUGUUGAUUUGGUGAAUAUAGGAAGCAGUGACAUAGUGGAUGGAAAUCAUAAGCUGACUCUUGGUUUGAUUUGGAAUAUCAUCCUCCACUGGCAGGUCAAAAAUGUGAUGAAAACUAUCAUGGCUGGAUUGCAGCAAACCAACACUGAAAAGAUUCUUCUGAGCUGGGUCCGACAAUCAACGCGCAAUUAUCCACAGGUUAAUGUCAUCAACUUCACCACCAGCUGGUCCGAUGGCCUAGCUUUGAAUGCUGUCAUCCACAGUCACAGGCCAGAACUCUUUGAUUGGAAUAAUGUGGUUUCCCAGCAGUCAGCCACACAAAGACUGGAGCAUGCCUUCAAUAUCGCCAAAUGUCACUUAGGCAUAGAAAAGCUUCUUGAUCCUGAAGAUGUUGCUACCACUUAUCCAGAUAAGAAGUCCAUCUUAAUGUACAUCACAUCACUCUUUCAAGUUUUGCCUCAACAUGUGAGCAUCGAAGCCAUCCAGGAAGUGGAAAUGUUGCCCAGGCCAGCAAAAGUGACUACUAGAGAAGAACACUAUCAAUUACAUCACCAGAUGCAUUAUUCUCAAGAGAUCACAGUCAGUCUAGCACAGGGCUAUGAGCAAACUUCUUCAUCUCCUAAGCCUCGAUUCAAGAGCUACGCCUACACACAGGCUGCUUAUGUUGCCACCUCUGAUUCCACACGGAGUCCUUUUCCUUCACAGCAUUUGGGAGCUCCUGAAGAUAAAGCAUUUGGCAGUUCAUUGAUGGAGACUGAAGUAAACCUGGAUAGUUAUCAAACUGCUUUAGAAGAAGUACUCUCAUGGCUUCUCGCUGCAGAGGACACAUUGCAAGCCCAAGGAGAGAUAUCAAAUGAUGUUGAAAAAGUGAAAGAACAGUUCCAUACUCAUGAGGGUUUUAUGAUGGAUUUGACAUCCCAUCAAGGACGUGUUGGUAAUGUUCUACAGUUAGGAAGUCGAAUCAUUGGAAGAGGAAAAUUAUCAGAAGAUGAGGAAACUGAAGUUCAAGAACAAAUGAAUCUCUUAAAUUCAAGAUGGGAGUGCCUCAGGGUAGCUAGCAUGGAAAAACAAAGCAAUUUACACAAAGUUCUAAUGGAUCUCCAGAACCAGAAAUUAAAAGAGCUGGAUGACUGGCUAACAAAAACAGAAGAGAGAACAAAGAAAAUGGAGGAAGAGCCCUUUGGACCUGAUCUUGAAGACCUAAAAUGCCAAGUACAACAACAUAAGGUGCUUCAAGAAGAUCUAGAGCAGGAACAAGUCAGGGUCAACUCUCUAACUCACAUGGUGGUAGUGGUUGAUGAAUCUAGCGGCGAUCAUGCAACGGCUGCUUUGGAAGAACAACUCAAGGUACUGGGCGAUUGAUGGGCAAAUAUCUGCAAGUGGACUGAAGAGCGCUGGGUUCUUUUACAAGAUAUUCUUCUAAAAUGGCAGCGUUUUACUGAAGAACAGUGCCGUUUUAGUACAUGGCUUUCAGAAAAACAGGAUGCAAUGAAGAAGAUUCAAUCA